CUGUUGGAAAAGAUGGCGUUGGUGUUGUCUCCAGAUCAUCCCGUGACAUCAGACCCCAGACUCCAAAAACGGCCGAGCCGAGGGAAAAGCAAAGGCCGCUGUGUCACCAACGCCUAACAGCGGACUGCAUCCCCGACCACCACAGGAGCUCGAAGUCAUAUGCUCCUUGUGACCUGUGAUCAUCGCUAAUUCCUAUAUUCGAUUAUUUCUUUAUUUUACCCCAGUCAUCUACAACCACGACCGCAUUUUCACUCACAAUGGCCGACGAUGGUGCUCAGCUGUCGGCUUCUCAGUCGCAGCUUUCUUCCUCCACAUCCUCCCUCUCUCCGUCGAAGCUAUGCUCCAAAACCUACAAAAAAGCCUCCAAUCUUUUCUUGACCCGUCGAUUACAAGAGUCUCUGGCUGCUCUGGAACCAGCUAUUACAGCUGCUCAGGGCCACGACGAACAAUACACAAAUGGAGAUAAUUCGGCACCACCAAUUGCGACAGCGCCGGGCACGUGGAGGAUCAAGAUCUGGAAUCUGUACAUCACACUGCUUAGUGCAAUUGUUGAUUUAGGGCCAGAGGAAGGAAAACAAAUAUUUGGGCAAAAAGAAUGGAAAGGAAUUUCGUCCCAAGUGCGUGAAGGGGGGAUCUGGGAGACAAUUGUUCGGAUUGGAUACAAGGGCUUGGAGGGCUCUGUGGAUGCAGAAGUUGUCUACAACUUAUCUAGGGGUACCUUAUUAUUGAAUCACUCCCCUUCGCAAGCCCUCAAUCAACAGCGACUCGAAACCUAUCUUUCGUCCUAUGGUCAACCAAACCUGGAUAUCGCAGAGCAUCUCCAAAAUUCGCCUUCCGGUACACGCCGUGCCAGGCCUAAUGGUGGAACAGAUACCCCGAAAGACCUAGCCGCUAGGGUUCGAAUCAUUGAACUGUUCACUCUUCAUGUCCUUCCCCGAAAUGAGGAGUGGGAAUAUGCGCAGGAAUUUAUCAAUCUGAGCGAAGUCCUUGAUGAGGAACGAAAGGAUGUCUUUUUGCAAACCCUCGAAAGUAUCAAAGAAGAGAAGGCACAGGGUGAAUUGCGUGCAGCGGCGAUACAGCAAGAAAAGGACGCCGAAUUGGAGCGGCAAGCACGUGAGGACGAACGUCUGAGGACAGAAGAGGCGGCUGCCGCCGAGCGCUUGGAGAAUGGGCACAAACGAAGCAAGAGUGAGGUAGAAAAGAGCCGCCCGAAUGGUAUCUCCAAGGGCAAAGGCACCAAGUCGGCAGAGAAGCCGUCCGGUAAGGCUGGCACGUCUUCCUCGCGGACUGCCUUCUCUCCACCGUCUGGCUCGUCAAAAAAUGUCAAGAAACCAGAGAAGCCCGACGCUCGGGCACGACAGGGUCGAGCCUUGGUCAAUGUUAUGCGAAACCUUAUGCAGUACCUUCGCCAAACCGUCGCUGGAAACCCGCUUUCUUUUGCACGAACAUUGCUAUUCAUGCUGGGCAUUAUCAUGGCCCUUAGCAGACAAGAUGUGCGGAAGCGAAUCCAGAGAGUAACAAGCGCAGGUUGGCAGAAAGUCAAGGGUACUAUUGGGAUGGGCGUUAAGGUGAGCUAUAUAUGA